AGGCGCUGGACCUGCUACUGGUCCUGGAGCCCCGGCUGCUGCUGGCGGUGCUGCCUCCCGGGGGCGACUGCCUGCAGCCCCUCACGCUGGCGGGGCUGGUGGAGACGGAGGCGGCGCUGUUCCUGCUGGUGCAGCUGAGCGCCUACCUGGGGGGUUGGCACCUGGUGCUGCCGGCGUCGCUGCUCAACUUCAGGACCGCCCUCUCCACGCUGCUUACCUGGCUGGCACAGCCCUCCCUCGCCAAGUCCUUCGCCGUCGACUGCCGGCCUCGCACCGGCCGGGAGGCAGCCCUGGCGGCGCUGCCGGCAGCCGGCAUGCCCUGCUCGGAGGGCUGGUUCAAGGUCUGCACCGCAGGUGCAGCAGCGGCGGCGGGAGCCGCCGCGGCGCCAGCAGGCGCCGCCGCCACCAUCCCCUCCGCCCCGUCCUCACCUCUGGGUGUAUCCGGCAUCCCGGCUGCUUCUGGAGGCAUCCCCAGCACCCCAGCCGCUACCCCGUCCCGAGGGCCGUCUGAGGGCCUGGGCGGCGGAGCGGGCGGCCCCAUGACGCCGGGUGCUGGCAUUGCGGUGACGCCGGUGCGGGCAGGCAGCGGGCUGGCUGGCAUGUCGGCAGGCGGAGCUGCUGCUGCCGCAGCGGGUGGUGGUGGUGUUGGUGGGGUGUGCAGUGAGUACAGCGCGCAGAUGGCGGAGAAGCUCUACUCGUGCGCUUCGCAUGCGUUGAUGUUCCUUGCAGCGUCGUCACCACAGCUGAGCGAGGGCGAGGCGGCCAGUCUAGGCCCCGCAUGGCCCCGACCGCGCGACCUGUCCGCCCUGCUGGACCAAUGCAUGGCCGCGUCCGAGGCCCUAGUCCACCACCACCCGUCUGAGCCUCUCGCGGCCGCCGCCCAAGCCCGCCGAGCUCAAACCCUGCGGCUCCUGGGUCGCGUGGGUCAGCUGUGCGGCCAGUUCCUAACGGUCCUGAACGGCGCGGGAGCAGGGACGGGAGGCGGGAUGGGAGGUGGAGGUGCAGGG